AUACCCCAGUAGGACUCGUGGCGCCCCGUCUCCUCGGGGGUGAAAUCGUGUCGGUAACGUGGAGAAACUGGCGUCAGUCAAACCCCCAGAACUGAGCCUCUACUUUGGUCUAUCCUCUUUGGCCAAGCGGAUGCGCAGAGAGGAUCUAUUAAGAUACCCACCUAACGCUUGAUCACCGGAGUUCGUUGAGGUUCGUUGUCAUUGUGGGCAGUUUUGGCGGGAAGUCGGUCGAAGUAAUACUACAAUGGUGAAGGAGGAUACUUUGGCGCAAUAUUUCGAUAAAUUAUCCUAUACCAUCGAGGAUAAGGAGGUCCUACUUAAAUUUGAUGCUGUUCCUUUGCGAUUGAUAAUAUCUAUUUAUUGACUAACCUGAGAGGAAAAUAUCUUGUGUCAAGUCUACAUGGGGCACACUGGUUCCCUAGUACAUAAUUUUUUCCAUUCAAUCGCCUUUGAAUACUUUAAAACACCGAAGCUCUGAACAUAACCUCAACACAUCAUCGCGCUGGACGAAAAUGAAGUUCGUUUUAUCGAGUCUUCGGUUGAUUAUCUCGUGACCUCGGGUAACACCAUCCGCAGAUGUACGAGUAUUGUGGGGGGAAAUUAGUGGCGACCAAAGUACAGCUCGGCGCACCUGGACCACCAGAGCUAUUCGCAGGGCCACAUUUUCAUCUAAACAAAUGACGAAUGCGACGUUUUUCAUGAGGAAUACAGCUUGGACGAUCUCCAUGAUGAAAUGGAGAUCGAGGCAGUUCGCCUAGCAACGCAAGCGAGAGUACUACUAGCAUCUUCCAUCGAUUAUUUAUUAAAAUUAAUACAAUCCUGUUUGCCUUCAUAUUGACUAGUAUUUUGUUAAUCAAUUCUACAAUAUACGAGGAUUACUUGAACGAAGAAAAUAGAGGGGUGUCUGAUAAUAUUCAGCAAAUGAAACUAUCUGCUAAAGUAUCUAGAAAUUGAUGAAACCUCGCCAGAAUUGCUGUUAAUUUCAAGGUCAUUUAAUGUAAUUUCACUCUAGCCCAAAGUACUAUACUGAUUUGGACAUAAACCAAGCAAAUCUCACGACAAUGAGAAAAAAGAUGAGCAUUGUCAAAACGUGUCAUGCUAAAAUUGCUACAUCAUGGUUCAUAGCUAUUGAUCUAGCCCAGUGUCUCGCAAACUUUUUUAGUCUGCGGCACGCUAACUGAGGAAUUUUUUUUCCGCAGCACACUAAGCUAAAUAAAUUUUCGGAAGAAAACGUAUAUUUAAAAAUAAUUUUAAAAAUUUGUUUUACAAACAGAUUUCAAGUCAAAUAAUUAUGCUCGGAAGACACGUCUACUCUAUACCGAUUUCAUAGACGAACUGACCAGGUCUACAAAGGGAAACAAUACCCUGGACCUUCCAGCCACAUGUUCUCAAAGAGUCCCAUUCAUCCCUCUCUGUCUUCAUACCUACAAACAAGCCUAAAUGCUAUACCUCACACUCCUCGGAAUUCAAACCCAUAAAAAUGUCUUUCAACACUCAGAAGAGAAUAAGAUUGACUUUUGUUCUCUAUUUAUUUUAUGAAAAAUCCAACAGGUACAAUAGAAAGGAACAUAUUAUUAUUUUAAGCUUAAUGUGAUGGAUGGGCUUGUUUCUGGGAACAAAUUUGCAUUAUUCGUACCCCCUCGCUUGUGCAUCUUGUUGUUACGACAAAGUUUGAGCGGGCAAAUACGAGUACCUGCCUUCUGGCUAAUUUAGUUAAAGUUAAAUGACUACUUUUUGGGUACUUUUAUAGUUAUCAGAAAUUGGUUUUUAGAUUAAUCUCAGAAUAUCUAGUGCAACUUGGAAAAUCUUUUGCGGCACACUUAACAUUUUUCCGCGGCACACACUUUGCGAGAUACUGAUCUAGCCGAUGGAAUGCCUAAUAUGAGAUAUCAAUUUAAAGGAAUCAAUAAGAUCUAUAAAUUGACAUGUAAUACGUCUUCAAUAGUCAAGUUGACAGCCCUCAUACAUAGCACAAACCGUCUUUUUUGACGUGUCACAUAACAGAGAAGAUGAAACAACUUGCUAUACUUGACGAGAAAUUCACUGAAAUCAUAAUUGUUACACAACAUAGCACAGCAAUAAAUUCGUUCAAUUUACUUGAUCAGUGCAUAUAGAAAACCCGAAGCUAAGCCGAAUUCAUAAAAAACACGACAUAUAUUCGUUUCCUUACAAUAUACUCUUUAAAAGAGAGAGAAGAGAAAAGGGUACUGAAGAAAAUGAAGGGGCGUCUGUUGGAAUGUGGAAUACAGAAUUGGGAAACAAGUCAAAUCUGCUUCAGAGCAAUCAACUUAACUAUUUGAGGUCUUUCCUCUUCGAGAGCACUCGAGAAAUUCACUAAAAGUUCAAUAACUAAAUGAGUGAUGCGUAGAUCGGUCACAAAAGACAUAACGUAGAACAGUCACCUUCACGUUCCAUUCACUCCGUCAUUCAAUUCUAUCAUACCGACUAAACACAUCACUCUCGAUAAACAAUAUUGAGUAUUGUCUUUAAAAGAUUAUUUUUCAAUCUCUUAACAGUCUCUCAUAAAAUUAAUCAAAAUUAAUAUCGACCAAACCGCCAGGAGAUUCAUAAUAAUAAUAAUAAUAAUAAGAACGAUCCUAAUUACAAUUCUGCAAGAUAUAUUUUACAUUCUUGCAUAACUGGUACAGGAAAAUAAAUAGUACUAUUAUUAGUCAUAUGAUAUGUCAAUGAUGGUAAUCAGAAGGGUUUCGUCUUCCAAAUUUUCAAUGCCCCACACUAGUUUGAUUCUUGGUGCCUGUACCACAAGUGGAUCAGUUUGUGGAAUCUCGUCACUAUUUUAUUUUUCUCUGCUUUAUCAUAUCUUUCUACACACUAAAUGAUCUGAUAAUAAUAUUCGAGUGUCAUUACCUGAUGUCAAAACGUAAAAGUGCAAUUAUUUUAUUGUGUUUCAACCAAUAUUUGUUAGUUUUAUUGGAAGCGAGGUUAAUAAAUAAAUGACACUAUGAAAUAAGAGAAGUUGAAUUAUAUUUUAUUCGGAUGUAUUCUCAUUUCGAGAGAACUCAUCGAGAUGAAGAAGAGAUGUCAAAGAGUCAAUCAAAAGAGGAAUCCAACAUGUAUUGAUGGUCUGGAUUUGUGCGAUCUGUAUGGCCGCGACGAAGCGACGUUCGUUGAAGAGUGGGUGGGAUACGUAGCAUCGAAAAACUAUGAACCUGAGGACAGCAAUCCCUCGAUGGAGAAGCUGACAGAGUUCGAAAAUACAGUUUUGAAGAAGAGACAAACAAUUAAAACAGAGAGUGUGACUCCCAAGAGUGAAAUGGGGAUUUUAGCAGCAUCUGCAUCCUCAAAACUAUUCACUGAUGACGAAGGAAUCCUUGAGAUGUAUGGGUAUAAGCCAUCGACACCAUCCAUUAAACGACUGAGGAGUCCUGAACAUGCCGAAGUCAUCAAUCCUGAGAACAAAGUACGAGCUGUGGAGAGCUCGUACUCGCCUGCCAGUUAUGCCGUUAAAGCAGAACUUCCGAAACGAGAUGUGGCCGCCAACAUCAGUGGGAAAGUCAUUCAGCAAUUCGGGAAUUACGUAGAGACUUGGAAAAAUGAAAAAUCAAAGGAAAUCGUCAAACUCUGUAAAACAAUUAACUCUUGCGUAUCCUCAGACCAACCCUACAUGUUUGACAUUCUCUCUCGAAGACUGGAAAUUAUGGAGAACUAUUGCCACGAAAUGGGGAAACGGAUUUCUGACGACUGGCCGAUUGACAACAAAGAGAUGGUCGUUACUGCUAAUGUCACGGAGAUGAUUCAAGAGCCGUUUCGGACAUUUGGUCGAAUAAAGUGCGAGAGGAUGGAGGGAACUGCGUCCUUCAUGUUGCAAAAUUGGUUUAUCCCGGACGAUGACGAGAAAGUGGAUGAUGAUCCCUCGCGAAGAAGGAAGGGUGGUGGUAGUGUGUCGACAUCCUUGAAUAUGAGCAAAUUGAAACAAUUUUCCAUAUUUCCUGGCGAAAUAGUCGUCGUGGAAGGUGUAAAUCCAGGAACUGAAACAUUUAUUGUCAGGGAAAUGAGGGCAAGAGUUGGGGUGCAACCAACCCCUCCACCGAGUAUUAGACAGACGAUGCAGAUUGUCGUGGCUUGUGGACCUUUCACUCAAGGGGAUCGACUCGACUUUCAGCCGCUGAUGAAUCUCAUGCAGAAUGUCGCGGAAACUGAACCCAAUUUACUUGUCCUGGUGGGACCUUUUAUACCUCAAGAUAAUGAGGAUAUUAAACAAGCCGUCGUCGUCGACACACUUCAGGAGGUUUUCGAAGAAUUGGUGGAGAAAAUCAUGAAUUUUGUGAAGGGUUCCUGCACGCAAGUUCUUCUGAUGUCCUCCAGCAAAGAUGCUCAUCAUGAUAAUGUCUAUCCAACUCCAGAGUAUUUUAUUCCUCAAACACUGAAGUCUUCUAAUAUUCACACUAUCUCAGAUCCAGGAAUGAUCAAUGUUAAUGGGCUUGCCCUGGCUGCUACGUCUGUCGAUAUUCUCAAGCACCUGGCAGGCAAGGAAAUCAGCCAUAAUAUGACUGGUACAGACCGAGUCGUCCGUCUAGCCGAACACGUGUUGCAUCAGGCCUGCUUCUACCCCCUGUAUCCACCCUCCAAAGAAAUAAACAUGGAUAUUGAGCUGUGGGAGAAGUACGCACAUAUGAAAUGCAGACCACACAUUCUCUUACUACCUUCAUCCUUGAAACCCUUCUGCAAAUGGAGCGAUGACACAUUUAUCAUAAAUCCAGGGGAUAUGUCCAAGAAUUUGUACACCAGACUCAAGAUUCAUCCCACUGAUGGCAAGUUAUGGGGAUCAAAUUCCGUUGAUUGUGAGAUAUUGAAAGUUUAAAUAAAAAAUGAUACGUUUUUAGUUUUGAAGUGAAGUAUAAAUAAUAAUUUUUAUAUCAUAAGCAUUGUUUUUUAAUAAAAAAAAAAUCUCUACUGCCAACGAUAUUUUUUAUUUAAU